CCCGCUGUCACUGCGGAGUGACGCAACCACGUUGUUGGCUGAAUGCGAUGGCGGACUGCUAUGUCCCCAGACCUUACCAGAGAUCGAAGGGAGAAAGUCAUUGAAUUUGCACCGGAACCGUUAUAUCGUAAUCAAACCACCUGUUAUAGGGCGGGAGGAUUCUUUUCCGCCAUCCCUCUUAAGAAUAGUAUGGGACAGAGUUAAUUUGGAGUACGUUAUUUUGGACAAGACAGAGUGCGCUAGUGCAGGCUGCCGCAUGCGAACCAGCAAGUUGACAGAUAUAACAAAACUCGAGUCAACAGGGGACAGUCCUAAAAGGAAUUACGGAGGUUGAAUAUAUAGCUGCUACAACAAAAUGAAAUUCGCGGAGCACCUUUCGUCUCAUAUUACUCCGGAAUGGAGGAAACAGUACCUUCAAUAUGAGGCGUUCAAGAGUAUGCUGUAUGCAGCCCAGGACCAGGCCCCAUCCAUAGAAGUCACAGAUGAAGACACUGUCAAGAGAUACUACGCCAAGUUUGAGGAGAAGUUUUUCCAGAAUUGUGAGAAAGAGCUUCUGAAGAUCAACACAUUCUAUUCAGAGAAACUUGCUGAAGCACAGAGGCGUUUCGCCACCCUGCAGAAUGAGCUGCAGUCGUCUCUGGAUGCACAGCGGGAGAGCAAUGCCCCAGGCCUCCGCAAACGCAAGACGGUGUUCCACCUGUCCCAGGAGGAACGCUGCAAACACCGCAACAUCAAGGACCUGCAGCUGGCCUUCUCCGAGUUCUACCUCAGCCUCAUCCUGCUGCAGAACUACCAGAAUCUGAACUUCACAGGUUUCCGUAAAAUCCUGAAGAAGCAUGAUAAGAUCCUGGAGACCCCCCGCGGGGCUGACUGGCGUGUGGCCCAUGUGGAGGUGGCCCCUUUCAACACCUGUAAGAAGAUCACUCAGCUCAUCUCUGAGACAGAGGCUUUGGUGACCACAGAGCUGGAGGGAGGGGACCGUCAGAAAGCCAUGAAGAGGCUGAGAGUGCCUCCACUGGGGGCAGCACAGCCUGCUCUAGCCUGGACUACCUUCCGCGUUGGCCUCUACUGUGGGGUCUUCAUAGUCCUCGCUAUCUCCUUCCUUCUCACUGGUGCUGUACUCAUCCGGUAUGAGAACGUGUGGCCUCUGGUGCGUAUCUACCGAGGUGGCUUCCUGCUGAUUGAAUUCCUCUUCCUGUUGGGCAUUAACACCUACGGCUGGCGCCAGGCGGGGGUCAACCACGUGCUCAUCUUCGAGUUGAACCCUCGCAGCAACCUCUCCCACCAGCACCUGUUUGAGAUUGCUGGUUUCCUGGGGGUGCUGUGGUGUUUGAGCAUCCUGUCCUGUCUGUACUCUGAGUACACCAUGCUGCCCAUGCAGGUCAACCCUCUCAUCCUCUACGGCUUCAUGCUCCUCUUCCUCAUCAACCCCUUCAAGACUGGCUACUACAAGUCCCGCUUCUGGCUGCUCAAACUGCUGUUCCGUGUGUUCACAGCGCCGUUCCACCGCGUGGAGUUUGCAGACUUCUGGCUGGCCGACCAGCUCAACUCUCUGGUGAUUGUACUGAUGGACCUGGAGUAUCUCAUCUGCUUCUACAGCUUUGAGCUCAAAUGGACCGACCGCAAAGGCCUCCUGCCCAUGUUCAACGGUGAUUACACGUGCCAUAGUUACUCCUACGGUCUCCGUGCCAUCAUCCAGUGUCUGCCCGCUUGGUUCCGUUUCGUGCAGUGCCUCCGUCGGUACCGAGACACCAAGCGAGCUUUCCCUCACCUUGUCAACGCUGGCAAAUACUCCACCACUUUCUUUGUGGUCACCUUCGCCGCACUCUACAGCACCCACAAAGAACAAAAGCAUUCCGAUGCAGACAUGUUCUUCUACCUGCUGAUGGUGUUCUCAGCCGUCAGCUCCCUGUACACACUGAUCUGGGACCUGAAGAUGGACUGGGGCCUGUUCGACCGUGGAGCAGGAGAGAACACCUUCCUCAGGGAGGAGAUUGUCUACCCACAGAAAGCAUACUACUACUGUGCCAUCAUAGAGGACGUGAUCCUGCGUUUCGCCUGGACCAUCCAGAUCUCCCUCACCACCAUGACCAACAUCCCCUCUGUGGGAGACAUUGUGGGCACAGUGCUGGCGCCUCUAGAGGUGUUCAGGCGUUUUGUCUGGAACUUCUUCCGUCUGGAGAACGAGCACCUGAAUAACUGUGGUGAGUUCCGUGCCGUGAGGGACAUCUCAGUGGCUCCGCUGAAUGCUGACGACCAGACACUGCUGGAGCAGAUGAUGGACCAGGAGGACGGAGUCAGGAACCGCCAGGGCAAGAAGAGCUGGAAGCGCAGCUACAGCCUGUCUCUACGACGCCCUCUGAUGUCCUCUCAAUCAUCCAAGAAGGACACCAAGGUGUUGAUAGAGGAUACGGAUGAUGAGGCCUUCAGCUGAGCCCAGGGCACCAGCUCUACACCCCCAGUGAUCUUAUCACUCCAUCACAGAGCUGCCUCACCACACACACACACACAUACACACACAUCGGCAGACAUAGGCAGACAGACAGACACAAACUAAUACAUACAUGCAGUGACACACAAAAACAAUUAACUUACUCAAGCACAAUCUCAGUAUAUGAUAUUGGUAUAGAUGAGGUGGAAUUACACACACAGUUCUGUUGUUCAGACCAAGAGGGAUACACACAGGAACAUAUUGGAGAAAAAACACCCAGACCUGGGAUUUUCCAAUGAGUACUUUUAUUUUUUUUAACAGACUCCUUUAGUUUCUUUAUGUUAAUACUUUUUAGUUUGUAUAUUUGUUUUUGUAGUUCUUUGCCAUUUUUAAAGAUGUAAUAAUAGAGAAUAAACAACUGUUUACAUGCAUUUAGUAUAUCAGGAUCAACAGGGAGAAGACAUAUUAAUCCAAAAGACUAAUAAUAAUAACCAACCCGAGCAUGGACUCUGCAACAUUAACCACAGCACAUCAACCACAUCAACUGGUUUCAACCUGUUGUUUCUUUUUCUACUCUGCGUUUUGGGUUGAUUUUUUAAAAUUGAGUUGUAAUAAUGAAGUCGGUGUAAAACCCUGGCGGCACUUGCAGGAAAAGUUCAUUUCAUACAAACAAACCAAAACAACUUGUACAAAAAUAUCAUUUGAACAUAUGAGUCUGUUAAAGUUGCGUUGUAUAUUUGUUACCGUUAUUUGGAUGUCAGAACUGUUAUGUACCCCAUGUAUUAUUUAGAAGAAUGACAACAGCUUGAGCAUCUGUGCAAUGAUAUUGAUGUGUUUCUCAAUGGUGGGAAUGUUGUUCGACUUGUGCCAUGCUUUCUAGAAGCCGUUGUUGUGCGAAGAGUACAAACUCUUCAGGUGGCUCAUUCUCCCUCUCAUACAAGCUUGGCCCACAGAUCACUUAGUCAGCAACACGUUACAACAUCAAAGUGAUCUAAUUAGCUCAUGGCAAGUGCCCUACACGUGCAAAAGUGUCCUUUGCUUUUCUGCCAAACGUGUUAUUUGAAUGAAUGUCGUUCGCUGGCGUAUCAUCAACCAUCUAGCGAGCCUGAGAAGAAGGGUCUGUUCUGUGCGGCGGUGGAGUUGAGAAGACUGAGUGAGCGUUUUUUUCCAUUUCUCUGCCCUUUAGGAAAACGAUCCCAUUCUCUUUUGAUCAGUCAACGACUGAAACGGCACUGUUGACUGUUUUUCUAUUGCAGUGUUUUCUACCGAUGGUGUGGGGCACUUUGCGUCUGUUCUGUUGUUUUGCUCUCAGCCUUCUCAGAACAGUGGCGACAGAGAUCAGCGGACAGGGACCAGCGUUUCCACUGGGGUUCCUCUGACCGCCCAAGUGGGUCAUGUGGAAUCUUCACAGGAUACUGUUGACAUCUGAAGAGGGCUUUUCCAUGGGAGGAAUUCCCUGGUUAAACAUGAGAUCAUCAUGUCUGCCAGCCCUCGCACUCUCCAAAUAACAGUCCUCACCCUGAUCACUGUCAUCUCUCUGAAAUAUCUACCACUUUCACAACAUAGCUGCUGCAUCACCACUUUUGAAUAUAGAAUGCAUGCGUCAUGUACAGUAUCAUAGGCCCUGGGACUCUGCAUGUGUUGUUUUAAUGGUGGUAGUGUUUGUCAGGCUUAUUGACUAGAACAGGGACCAAGUGACCAAGUGUGUGAGUCGUGUCUCUGCUGUGUCAGGUGAUCUCUAAUCCUGGAAAGACCUUGCUGUGAAACAGUAGUUCUCAGAUCAGAUAGCCAUGAUUAAACGGGCCUGUCCUCCUUGGGUUGUAAAAGGCCUGCAGUAUUUACUGGGUUUUAAGAGUCAGUUCAUAGUUUCAAGUCUCAGUGGCCAAACAUUCUGUUGAAGGUGAGGGUGAUUUCUGUUACCAACUCAUUCUACAGUACAUGUCAGUUUCUCUUGCUUUUUUUGGCAAUGCACUUAUCAACAAAGCUCAUGAUUUUGCUGUAAUGUUUUGCUUUAAUGUACUUUUUAUAACUUAGUGAAUUUUGGUUUUGCCAAGAAAAAUGACACCAUGGAAAUUGUACAACUGUUAGCUCUCUUUUUGUUUGUCUAGUUUGUCACAUGCAUGCUUUACUUGUAGACAAAUAUUAUUUGCGAGCACAAUCUUUAUCGGCUGUAACUCUGAAAGUGGGUAAGCCCCUUUUUGUGGGCUUUCUGGCUUUUCUAAGGAAGGAUAAGUGUCACUACCUGUUUCUCUCCCCUCCCAGUGUGUGAAAUCCUGUCUCUCUCACUCUGUGGCGUAGCUGUUGACAUGAUGCAGUAGCCAUAUGAGUUGAUCAGCAUGAGCUCGUCUUUAUUGUUUACACUAUGGACGUGUCUAAUGAUAAAUUACGGUUGGGGACCCAGCACAAAAUCUGUGUAAAUUGCAAAGUCCAUAAGGCUACAAAAUGUGUUGCAAAUGCUUAAAAGUGCCAUCAACAACCAGAAUGACAUACAAUGGCUUGUGCCUUUGAGAUAUAUUUCUUAUUGUGGUGAGGAUUGUAGUCAGAAAGACAUAUGGCACUUAGGGAUGUGCCAUGGCGUCUGGUACGUCAUUAAAACCACUAUCACAAAACACACAAUUCAAUUAUCUAA